UCUCUUAAAAAUUUAUUAGAAAUUUCAUAGAAAGACAUAAUCAUUGAAUAAUACAUUACAUUAAAUGGCAUUUCGUUUGCAAUGUUUUUAUGUUUUUCUAUUCAAUUCAAUCACUCAAUCAAAGUGUUAUAAUAACUGAUUGACUAUCGAUUACCACAACAAGUCUUCAAUGAUUUGACAAUUAAAUCCAUAGCUUAGACACAAACACACACUAAAUGACAUACCAUUGUAUGAUCAUUUGGAUCAGUUAACAAUUGUUAUUCAUAUUAAAGGCAAUAUCACAUCACGAGUCUUAUAGACCAUCGAUUAGUAUUUUUUUAAUCGUAAUCUUAACCACAACAACAACAACAACAACAAAAUCAUUGUCAACAACAGAGAAUCUGAUUGUAAUCACAUUUUUUGGUGAUAUUGUCGACCGACGAUGUCGUUGAAGCCAAAGCACGUGGAGUUUGAGUCGACUUGGAGUCAGAUCAGGUCAACCGUCGAAAAGGUGAUUGUCUUAAAGCACGUCCAGAGAAGUGAAUGGAACGACAGGUUUCCCGACUUGUAUCAGCUUUGCGUCGCUUUUCCCGAACCGUUGGGCGAUCGGGUCUACAACGAGACCAAAGCGUUUCUCGACCAACACGUUAAACAACUUUACGAUACUGUUGUGAAAUCAUCUCACGAAGAAUUGCUGUCCGCAUACCAUCAACAAUGGCUUAUAUAUAGAGAGGGUGUCACAUACUUGAAUAUAUUAUACAUGUAUCUAAACACUCAGCACAUUAAGAAACAUAAGUACACUGARGCCGACCUAAGCUACGGAUGUGUCGACGCCAGCGAACAGAUGCUCGAAAUCGGCGAACUCGGUCUACAUCUGUGGAGAGUUAAUAUGAUUGAACCGCUCAAAGAAAGUCUUGUUCAACUGCUUCUGGAGGCCAUUGAAAAUGACCGCAUGGGUAUCCCUCAAAACAAAAGUGUAGUUCAAGGUGUCAUACUAUCACUGGUUCACGUGGAAGAGUACAAAAAGAAAGGAUCACUUGAUUUAUACCAGAAUUUAUUUGAGAGUCGGUUCCUGAGGUCGACCGGCGAGUAUUAUCGGCGCGAAGCCGAAGAGUUGCUCCAAUCGUGUUAUUGUUCAACUUAUAUGGAGAAAGUGUUGGCCAAAUUAGAUGCCGAGAAUCUCCGAUCGCGUAGUUUUUUGCAUUCAUCAUCUUAUCCUCGCGUGACCGCUGAAUGCGAGUCACGUAUGGUUGGCGAUCAUUUAAGUUUCUUGCAGUCCGAGUGUCGGUCAAUGGUUCAGAAUGAGGCCCGAAGAGACUUACAGAAUAUGUAUAGAUUACUUAAACCCAUCGAUUCUGGACUCCAGGCACUCAUCAGUGAAAUUCAGGAACACAUCACUAAUAAAGGAUUGGAAUCUAUUUCAAGUAUCAACUCUCUGAGCUCUGAUAAGACGCCACGAGAUGAUAAUAUUCCGCAAUUAUUUGUCGAGAAUUUACUACAGGUUCAUAAACAACAUUUAAAUUUAAUUAAAGAAGUGUUUAAUGGGGAUCAAUCGUUUAUUGGUGCACUGGACAAGGCUUGUGCUGCCGUUAUUAAUCAUCGGUUAAACCUAAAGCUUCCGUGUCGUUCACCCGAACUGUUAGCUCGUUAUUGUGACGGUCUAUUGAAAAAGUCUGUUAAAGGCAACACUGAAUCGGAAAUUGAUGACAAACUAAGCGCCUGUAUAACAAUAUUCAAAUAUAUCGAUGACAAGGAUGUAUUUCAAAAGUUUUACUCAAAAAUGUUGGCCAAACGGCUAAUACACUCGCAAUCGGUUUCGAUGGACGCCGAAGAGUCGAUGAUUAAUAAACUGAAACAGGCGUGUGGUUAUGAAUUUACUUCAAAAUUGCACCGUAUGUUUACAGAUAUUAAAGUUAGCGAUGAUUUAAAUAACAAUUUUAAUGAUUACGUUCGCAAUAACCGAAUCGAGUUGGGUAUCAAUUUUAACAUAUAUGUUCUUCAGGCGGGCGCCUGGCCUCUCAAUCAGUCAGCACUGUCCCCAUUCGCUAUACCGCAAGCACUGGAAAAAAGUGUGUCCUCUUUUGAGAAGUUCUAUGCGUCCAAAUUUAAUGGUCGUAAGUUGACAUGGUUGCACCAUCUGUGCCAAUGCGAGAUCAAGUUCGGGUUCACUAAACGCGCCUAUUCGGUAGUGAUGGGCACCUAUCAUAUGGCCGUAUUAUUGCUUUUUGAGUCAACCGAUCAAUUGACUUAUCACGAGUUGCAGGAAAACACGAAACUCACAGACGAACAAUUGCAACGGCAUUUGCAGUCAUUGAUUGACCAUAAGAUACUGUUAGUCGACGGCAAUACCAGUAGUAAAUCAAAUGAAUCUACAGAUGAGGAGCUGAGUAAUACAGCGACGUCGAGCACAUUCCCCACUCAAUCACAACAGUCACCCGAAACUGUCUACACAUUGAACUUAAAUUAUAGCAAUAAACGGAUGAAGUUUAAGAUAACAGCCGUUCAACAAAAAGAAGUGCAACAAGUAAUGCAACAAGAGGUGGAACAGACUCACGCAUCAGUAGAUGAAGACAGAAAGCUCUAUCUUCAGGCAGCGAUCGUACGGAUAAUGAAAGAUCGGAAAGUGUUGAAACACAAUCAACUCAUUGAACAAGUGAUCAAUCAGUCGAAGAAUAGGUUUACGCCAAGUGUUCAGAUGAUCAAGAAGUGCAUCGAAGCGCUGAUGGAGAAGCAGUAUUUGGAAAGGAAUACCAGCAAUACUGACGAGUAUUCAUAUAUAGCUUGAAAAAUAUGCCGACCAUUGCUGACCUUUUUAAUUAUCGUUUUAGUCUUGCAAUUGUCAACAAAUA